AAAUACCUGCCAGGAUGCUCCACUUGCAGGGUCCACAGAUGCUGCAGAUGCUAGAAAAAUCCUUGAGGAAGAGCCUCCCUGAGUCCUUAAAGGUUUAUGGGACCAUCUUCCACAUGAACCAGGGAAACCCGUUCAAGCUAAAGGCUCUGGUGGACAAGUGGCCUGAUUUUAAUACAGUGGUUGUCCGUCCUCAGGAGCAGGAGAUGGUAGAUGACCUUGAUCACUACACCAAUACUUACCAAAUCUACUCCAAGGACCCCAAGAACUGUCAUGAAUUCCUUGGCUCACCAGAAGUCAUAAACUGGAAACAACAUUUGCAGAUUCAAAGUUCACAAUCCAACCUGGAUGAGGUGAUAGAAAAUCUUGUAGCUGUUAAACUGAGUCAGGUCAAGCGAACACAAUGCUUCCUCUAUAUGAUCCAUCAGACAGCAAAGAAAUUGGUUCCUUCCCUGCUGAAUGCAAAGAAGUUAUCUCCAAGUGGGGGCACACAUGAUUCCAUCAACCAAGAGAUGUUUAAACUCUCAUCCCUGGAUGUCACACAUGCUGGCCUGGUGAAUAAAUUCUGGCAUUUCGGCGGCAAUGAGAGGAGCCAGAGAUUCAUUGAGCGCUGUAUCCAGACCUUCCCCUCCUUCUGUCUGCUGGGGCCCGAGGGGACCCCUGUGUCCUGGACCCUGAUGGACCAGACAGGAGAGCUGCGGAUGGCAGGCACUGUGCCUGAGUACCGAGGACACCGUCUCAUCUUUCAUGUCAUCUGUGCCCAGAUCCAGGCUCUGGAUAAACUUGGCUUCCCCAUGUAUUCCCAUGUGGAUAAAGCCAAUCACAGCAUGCAAAGACUGAGACCAAAAAUCCAGAGUGUCCUUAUGCCCUGUGACUGGAACCAGUGGCAAUGUGUGCCUCUGUGA